AUGGUUCAGCUGGGGCAACAGGGCUCAAUAACCAGGGACAGCACGUUCAGCCUGCACAUUCAGUGCAAGUACAAGGGGGAGCAUGAGGCUGGCUUACAAAUCAAUGUCUCAGUUUACACGCUCCCUCCACCAGCUGCUUCUGAAGAUGGGAUCCUGAGGCUGGACCUGCGAAUAGCAAAAGGUAGUGCUGCCCUGUACCCCAUUGAGAGGAUCCUUCGGGAGUCGGUGUUUGUUGAGGUUUGUGUGAAGGAUCGCACUGACCCAAUGAUUGUGCUGAGACUGCGUGACUGCUGGGCAACCCCUGUGCCAGCCCCUGACCAUGAGGUGCAGUGGAGUCUCCUGGUGGAUGGGUGCCCCUAUGAGGGUGAUGACUACCUGACUGUCCUGCACCCAGUAGAUGCCUCUUCUGGCCUGCAGUUCCCAGCCCAUCACAAG